AUGGAUAUCAUUCCGUCCUUUGCAUUAAUUCUUUAUGUAUUUAUUAUUGUCUUAUCAAAAUCUGCUCACUGUGGCAGUGCAGACAGUGUUAAAAAUUCAUCUAUUGUCGGUGACCAGAAAUCUCGGAUUUUCAGAAAACGAUCACUACCCGACAAUGGUGACCGUUUUCUUGGAUUUCAUUUCACUGAGGAACCAACAAAUACGGUAGCAAAAGCGGGACGGAUAGAACUGAAUUGCCGAUAUGCCAUAUCGAUGAGAAAUACUUCGUCUCGCACUGAAUGGCGGAAAGAUGGCGCGGAGUUAGCUUCAUUACGGCCCACAGGAAAAAUGUUUGUGACGUCUUCUGGUUCAUUAAUUAUCGAAAAUGUUGGAUCCUCUGAUGAAGGCUUAUAUCAGUGCGUAGUUCAUGUAACGGACAAGAAAAGUUUUGUUUGGACAUAUCUUUCCCGGAGGGCAGCUGUUCGAUUACCUUCUCUUAGCAGGUUCGAAAUACAACCAGAAGAUCGUGAAGUGCAUGUCGGGCAAAGUGUUGCUUUUGCUUGCAUCCUGGAUUCUCAACCUUCAGCUCACAUCGAAUGGUUUUUCAACGGGAAACGUAUUAGUGGCCGAGAUGAUAGUUCUUUAACAAUAUUUCCGGUUACUUCGACACUUGAAAUAAGUAGCGUCUUACCCAAACAUGAGGGUGCAUAUCGUUGUGUUGCAACGAAUGAGGGCAAAACUCGUGCCAGUCGUGAUGCUCAACUUACGAUUAAGCCUGAAAAUAGUGUUGGCAAUGAGUUUUCGGAACCAAAUUUUAUUCUGGAACCACGAGGUGACGUGGUAAAUGAAGGCGGGUCGGUAGUAUUGGAAUGUCUAGUAAAUGGAUGGCCACGACCAAAUGUGCGAUGGCUGAAAGGUGCCGAGACUAUAUCGUUAACUGGAGACAGGAUGCGUCAGUUAGGUUCAUCUUCGUUUAUGAUUCUAAAAGCAAAAGCAGUGGAUACGGGUGUUUAUACAUGUAGAGCAAGUAACAGUCAGGAAUCGUUAGAUGCGUCAGCUACUGUUCAAGUUAAAGUAGCACCGAAAAUCAUAUCCGAACCAAACAACGUUGUGGCGCAAGAAACAAUGGAUGUCGAGUUCAACUGCGAAGCAUCGGGAGAACCCGGCCCAUCGAUCAGUUGGUAUAAAAAUGGCGAAGCAAUUAUCGCGAGUGAAUAUUUUGUGAUAGAAGCAACCCGUUUACGGGUUCUCGGAUUAGUACGAAAUGAUCAAGGUGUAUAUCAAUGUAUCGCUGAAAAUGAUGCUGGAUCUGUACAAUCGAAUGCGCAGUUAAUUGUUGAUAGCUCCGAUUCAUUUUCUAUGGCUGCUUCAAGUGGACAGCCAAAAUUGCCAUCAGAACCGCUAGGUGUUCGUGCAAGUGUUGUUGGAAGUCGUUUUGUAGUCCUGACUUGGGAUCCUCCUGUACAACGGCAUGGUGCUGUUUUAGCUUAUCAUAUUUUCUACAAGGAACAAGAUUCUUUAAGGGAGCGAAUGUUGAAUUCAACAGCCGCAUCAUUCACGGUAACUCCUUUGCAGCCGAAUACGACCUACGUUUUUCGGUUAGCUGCGGAAAAUGAAGCUGGUAUGGGGAAAUCAAGUACACGUAUUCUUAUUACGACAGCAGAGGAAAAGGCAGUUCCUGGUAAAGUAAAAAAUUUGCGUGGCACAGCUCUGAGUCCGGAAACUGUCGAAGUGUCCUGGGAACCACCAGGCGGCAAUGGACCCGAGCCAGUGCAGUACAAGUUGUUCUAUAUCCGGAAAGAUCAUGAAGUGAAUGAAAAGGAAACACAAAUUGUGAUGAAAAAGACGUCUUAUACUCUUCAUGGCAUGGAGAAAUAUGUCGAAUAUAUCAUUCGAGUCGAAGCAGAAGGUGUAAAUGGUGCUGGUCUCAGCUCUGAACCAAUUACUGUAAGAACAUUGUCCGAUUUACCGUCACUACCUCCUAGUGACGUUAGAGCUGAAGCAAUUUCAACUACUUCCAUCCUUGUACAGUGGAUGCCAUUAUCAGCAGAAGAUAGAAAUGGUAUUCUGACUGGGUAUCGAAUAAAGUAUAAAACGAAAUUGCGUGGUGCAAAAAGCAAUACUUUAGUGAUAGAUGGAAACAACAGUUCAUACAUUAUAUCCGGUCUCGAGCCUGGUACACAAUAUAUGCUUCGAGUUGCGGCUAUUAAUCAGAAUGGAUCUGGUCCAAAUUCGGAUUGGUUUCAUGUUGAUACACCGCUGGAAGAUAAAGACGAAGGACAAGUGGCUGGACCACCACUCUCGCUUAAAGUUCAGCCAUCUGUGGAUUCAAUCCAGCUUUCAUGGCUGCCACCCAGAGACGAUAGUGUUAUGAUCCGUGGUUACCUAAUUGGUUGGGGAAUCAAUAUACCGGAUGUGGACCAAGUGAAGGUGCCAGCAAGUUUACGGCUCCAUACGAUUAAUGGAUUGAAACCAGGCCGUGAUUACGUGAUUUCGCUGCGUGCGUACAAUAUGAUAGGGAAUGGUUUUCCAAUCUAUGAAACAGUUCGAACUCUUUCUCCGGAAUCUAAAUCUAUGGCAAGUGGACAACAGAAUAACAAAGAUUCGGGACGAAGUGAAACACCGAUUGGUGUUAGAGCAUUGACACUUUCGUCAUCAUCGAUCCGAGUAAUAUGGACUGAUGCUGAAUUGGAUAUACCUUAUUCAAGGCAGUACACUGUACGAUACAGUUCCAAUGUUGAGAAUGGUGGGCAGCGGCGUUAUAUCAAUACAUCUGAACUUGAAGUAGUUAUCGAUGGAUUACGUCCCAAUACGCAGUACGAAUUUGCGGUACGAGUUAAUGCUGGAAAGUCCUCAUCCAUGUGGUCCAUGACUGCAGUAAAUUCCACAGCUCCAGCACCACCAUCUAGUGCACCACGUGAUUUAACCAUCAUGCAGCCCACUGAUGGUGAUCCACAAACACUGAUACUGAAUUGGCAACCGCCGAAGUAUGCUAAUGGUGAUAUUGAAGAGUACUUGGUGUACUAUGCAGAUCGAUCGGAUGCACCUGAUAAGGACUGGAUUCUAGAUGGGGUAAAAGGUGACCAUUUAUCAAUCAAGUUGACCAAUUUACUACCUCGACAAACAUAUUUCUUUAAAGUUCAAGCACGUAAUAUCAAAGGAUAUGGUCCGUUAUCUCCAACACUGCAAUUUGUGCCGGGUGCACCACCACCACGAUUAUUCCAGGAUGUUGACAUCGAUUUGGAAACUCCUCGUCUAGCGUUGUUUUCCACGCCAGCUUAUCUGGCAAUCACGGCGGCAAUCGUUAUUCUGUUCAUGGUCUUGAUGAUCACCGUGAUUUGGUAUAUAAGAUCAAAGAAUAGCAAGAAAUCAACGACCGCAGGCUAUGUGCGUGGAAGGAAACAAGUGAGAAAUGGCAAAGGGCCCCCUGAUUUAUGGAUUAAUCAUCAUAGCGGUGGACACCAAAUACAUGAGCCGGAGAAUCUGAUUGAAGAAGCGCUUGCAACAUCAUUAAACGAUUUAAAUCAUUGCGAUGAUGUAAUCGAAAUGGUCGAUUCACCACGAUCUCAAUAUCUUGCUGUCCAAGCUCACUUCACCGAUCCCGAGUAUAUUGAAGCGAGAAUGACUCAGUCAGUUCAUGAUGGCAUCAUUCAACGACGACGGCCUGUGGGAAAAGCAGAGCUAAUCUCAACUCAUACCGUCAUGUCACAGAAUCCACUGCCCGGUGUUGUAACUGGUGAUUGUAAUGGUACUUUAACACGGAGUUAUCAUCAAUCAUCGACUAGCCUUGAAGGACGACAAAGAACGCCUCAAAUUGUUUAUACAAAUACAGGCCGACAUCAGGUAGCUAAAAUCGAUUUUUCUGACCAUAGCUCGACGUACAGUUCGUCUCAGGCACUUCACAUAUCGACCCCACCUCCGCCCCAAUUACCUAAUCAAGGACCGCCCGUUGCUCCACCCACUCAAUUGCUCAACAACGAUGGUUAUCGGACGUUGCGCAGAAAUUCUGUCAAUUCAAAUCCGUUAAAAUCAUUUACACAACUUGCUGGAGCACCACCACCAAUCACUCCCUCAUCAGGAUCAGGUGAGCGAAUGGCGCAUGUAGUUAGACCGCUAGUUGUUGCAUCUCCAAAUAAUAGGAACGGAAAGCCUGCUGGUGUUGUUAUUGGUCAGAAGUCAUCUCAUGUUCCUGUGGGACGUGCAACUGCACAACCACGUGUUAACGUCAAUAAUAUUUACUCACCAUAUGCAUCUUGUGUGAUGCCGGAGAAAGCUGCAUUGCAACGUGAAAAUGUUAUUGAAGCGCAACCAUUACAGGCUUCAGCUUCCACAGAGGAACUGAAUGCGCAAAUGGAAAAUCUAGACACAAUGAUUGAUGAUUUGCAAGCGCUUCAACAUGAAUUCAGUGCAACUACAUGA